CGAUUACGCAUCUGCAUUUCACGUAGCUGGAGUGCUUCUUUGAGCGCCGCCGCAGAGGUCAUCAAAUGCGAAAAGGACAAAAACUAUGGCGGUGCAUCUUUCCAUAUUCUAGCGGGAGAUUCAUUCGCACUUGGCGCAUUUGGUGAGUGGUGCGGCUAGGCCAGUUGUCGUGGUACUGCUACAUGGAGCGAUGGAACUGGCAAGAGAAUGUGGCACGACUCCUGGCACUGCGAGAGGUUUACCCUAAUGCCAGACGCACAAGGCGCAAGUUGUGGACCGUCUCCUCUACCCGUAGCAGCAGCGAGUGCUGCGCACCAGGCGGAGGAGGAAGAGCAGCGGCAGCAGCAGCAGCAGCAGGAGGAGGAGGAGGACGAGGAGGAGGCAGCUCUCCGCUUCUGCUUGAUUGCGCCAAAGCACUUGAGCUAUGGUUGGAGGCAGAUUCAAUCAGGAAUUUUUCGGCCAAGUACUGCCAUCUUGAUCCUCCUCCUCGAUCGACCAUCGCUGCCGCCUUCAGCCCGGACGGGUCCUCUCUCGCUUCCACGCACGGGGACCAUACUGUCAAAGUCGUCUCUUGCCGCACGGGCGCGUGUUUGAAGGUGCUGUAUGGGCAUAGACGGACGCCAUGGGUGGUCAGGUUCCACCCCUUGAUCCCACAAAUUGUCGCAAGUGGGAGCCUAGAUAAUGAAGUCAGACUGUGGGACAUUGGCACAGGUUCAGGAGAGUGUUUCCGCAGCCAUGAUUUCGGUCGGCCUAUUGCUUCCCUUGCCUUUCACCCUCACGGAGAGAUUCUUGCCGUAGCAUCAGGACACAAGUUGUACAUGUGGCAGUACAAAAAGAAGAGAGAAGAGCACUCCCAACCAGUGAUUGUCUUGAGGACACGGAAGACACUGCGAGCGGUUCAUUUCCAUCCUUAUGGUGCGCCUCUGCUGCUCACUGCUGAGGUUGACUCUGGAGAAAGUCCACAACAGCUGGCCACAUCCUCGUCACGCCCGAUAUCUAGGUUUUUCCCCCUUCCAGCUUCUGCUUGUCACCCCCCGCCUCAUUCUGCACCCGCAGCGCCGCAUCAUCUUCUUGCAAAUGGCUUCUCAGUGACGCCCGUGUUUCCAUUUGGCAGUUGGCUACUGCCGACUCUGCGCAAUCUUCCCCGUCGAGUAUUCAGUAACACGACGACGAGCGACUCUCCUCGCAAUGACUGCCAUAGCCGCGAAGGGAUGAUGAUGGGAGGUGAUCGGACGGCUGUAGCAGGUCAACAAGGUCAUCGUCAUCGUCAUCAUCAGCGAGGCGGCAUGGGGGGGAGGGUCAACCUAGGAGCAGCAGGGGCUUCGGGGGGACGUGAUGGAGGAGCACAACGCCUCAGUAACAGUAGUAGUAGUAUCAGUGAUGCCAGAUCCCGAUCUGCAGGGGAGGACACGCUUGAUGGGGUGCGAGAUCCCGAUCCCGUUGGCACGGGGGGGGGGGAAGAGGUGUCUCGCAGAGUUGCAGCACUGCUGAGUAGGGAUGGAGGAGGGGAUGCCUCCCACCCGUCCCCUAUGGAUCUCUCGCCAGCAGUCGGUGGUGGCUCCGUCGGUGGGAACAGUAGCGCAAGGAUGCACACGCUUGAUGGGGGCGAGCGAGAUCCCGAUGCUGUUGCCGCCGGGGGGGAUGAUGUGUCUCGCAGAGUUUCAGCGCCACUCGCUAAGGAUGGAGAGGAGGCGUCCCACCCUUCCCCUAUGGAUUUCUCGCCGACGGGUGGUGGUGGUGGUGGUGGCUCGCUCGACGGGAACAGUGCCACAAGGAUGGACACGCUUGACGGGGUGCGCGAUCCCGACCCUGCUGCCACCGGGGGGGCGGAAGAGGGGUCUCGCGGAGUUUCAAGGGAUGUAGGGGAUGCCGCCCACCCUUCUUCCGCUAUGGCUGCGUCGCCAGCUGUCGAUGGCUCUGUCGGUGGGAACAGUGCCACAAGGAUGUUGGACAGCGAUGGGGCAGGAAGCUGCCCGAGGAAUGGCAUGGUGGGUGCUGCAAUGCGAUCGAACCUUGAAAACAGCGGCUUACCCAGUGGGCAUGGACGGCCAUCGAGCAGAGCAAGAGCUGCAGGGGAGAAAGCAGCAGGCCUACGUGGAGGUGGGGGUUCUGCGACUGCUCGUGCACGGCAAUACCAAGAAGCUCACGGCGGCAGCGGGCAGGCACUCGGUGGAAAUAGUGGUAGGGAGGAGUGUCGACGAGAUGGGAACGAUGUUGGUGCUGCUGACAGAGCGUGGAUCCCAUGGGGAGCGUGGGGGGGACAGACUGGUGCAGGUACAGCUGCUGGGCAGUUCAGUGGUCCCACAGAGAGUAGCCCUGGGUUGGGAUUGGGGCUGGGAAUGGGAAUGGGAAUGGGUGGGCCCGGGGAUGUGUUGGGUGGGUGGGAAAUCCCCUUUGUGCAGCAGGUGUUGCAGGAAUCCCAGCAGGCAGCAGCGGGUGUACCAGGUACAGUGCCUGGCGUCAGGGGAAAUGAGGGUGCUGCUGGCAGAAGACAGAGUGGGGGGGGGGGUUCAAGGAAUCAUGCUGGUGAGGACAGAAGCGGAGGAGCUCACGCUCCGCAGCAGCAGCGGCCGUCGCAGCAGCACGCUGCAAUGCCCAUGGCUUCGGUCGCUAUGGCAGCUGCAGUGGCUGCUGCCAGAGCUGCAGCCCGAGCGGGCGCAGGCAUGCUGGGUGCUGCUGGUGCAGGUAUCGGAGCUGGAAUUGGGGCUCAGCUUGGAGCUGGUGCAGCAUUAGGUGCAGCUGCCUUGAGCUCUGGUGGUGGAGGGGACGCAGCCACUGAAGCUGCUAGGCAUGUGCAACUGGACGCAGCCGGGGCGGCCGGUGCGGCGGCAGCAGCAGUGGUCUCCAUGCAGGCUCUAGCUUCAGCUCAAGCCACGGAAUCACCAUGUACGGUGAUGCUUCGAAUAUGGCCCCAUGAUGUGCAGGCCCCGUGCGACUCCCUCUUGGCCCAGAAGUGCAAGCUUGUUAUCCCUCAUGCGGUUCUGUGCAGUGAAAUGGGGGCCCACUUCUCUCCUUGCGGGCGAUUCCUUGCCGCUUGUGUGGCUUGUGUGGCCAUGGAGGUGCGGCCAAGUUCCAGCGGAACUGGAAAUGGGACCGGCGUGGGGGCGCAGGGAAACUAUGGGCAGCGCUCGCCAAUGGAGCUUCCCUGUCCACCUGUGAGUGCGCGCAAUUCGAUGUACGAGUUGCGCGUGUAUUCGCUGGAAAAGCACAGUUUUGGGCAGGUACUCGCAUCUCGUGCGGUUCGUGCUGCUCACUGUCUGACAUCCAUUCAGAUAUCACCCACAUCUUCUCAUGUUCUGCUUGCUUAUGGUCGGCGGCAUCACACGUUGCUGAAGAGCUUUUCGGCAAGUGGCUCGGGGAAACAACUGAUACCUGUGUACACAAUCCUAGAGAUUUAUCGCAUUUCAGAUAUGUCAUUGGUUGGGGUGCUGCCAAGUGCCGAAGAUGAGGUGAAUGUCGCCUGCUUCCAUUCACGAGUGGGCGGUGGCCUUGUCUACGGCACAAAGGAGGGAAGACUGCGCUUGAUGGUGCACGAUCGACAGCGGAGGUCAUCAGACUCUCAGUCUGGAUUUGAAGAUGGCGUUAUUCACACAAGGAUGGUUGACGAUCUUCACUUUGAUGAAGGCUGGCUCUUUCAUGAUGGAGCAUGAAGAAAGAGUUCAUGUAGAGAAAGCAGCACAAAACUAUCUUGAUGAGUGAGAGCAGUCGGCAGCAAUUGGUGCGAAUGUCUCUCCUACUCAGAGUCGCCCAACCAAAUGAAUCAAGGGAAUAAGGCCCCUUGUGCCUCGCACUGUGCCUUGUGGACUGCACACUGUGGACGAGCCCGUCUCGAGGUUCGAACGCAUGCACAUCGCACCUGCACAUGCUUCAUUCCUGCGCUUCACAUCGAUGCACACUGCGGAUUACAAUUAUGAUGUCAUAUCAUGGAGGAGAGUCCUGGGAGCACCAUCGAACCAUGCCUCGUAGUUCCGAAAUAACCAACCAGCCCUGGGACUAACCAACCAACCACAUGUGGGACCCGCCAACGAUUGCUGGGACCGACCAACCAACCAGAUGUGGGACCUGCCAACGAUUCCUGGGACCGACAACCAACCAGAUGUGGGACCGGCCGUCGAUUCCUGGGAACCUAUGAAGAAGGUAGUCAUAGAACAAGUCAACACACUCCUGGGACCUUGGGACCAGCCCUGGGACCAACCAACCAACCAGAUGUGGGACCGGCCAACAAUUCCUGGGACCAACAACAGGACAAGUCAACACACUCCUGGGACCUUUGGACCACCAACCGAUCCGUUCUCUGCGGGAAGGACAAGACAGUUGAUUACUCGGCUUCUACCAUGAUGAUGUACAGUUCGCAAAAUCAGUCUCAGAGGGCUGAGAGGAGCAACGAAGGAGGACCAUCGCUGCAGGGGUGGAGCGGUGGUGUUAAAUCCUUCCCAGAAAGGAAGCAAUCAAUGCCACCGUUUCAGGGUUCCUCGGCCACAAUGGAAGGAAGCGUGGGGCGGGUUUUUUGUACGGGACGCUGGACCCGGUUUCCAGCCAUCAUUAUAAUAAAAAGUCGAUCGAUGUGUAUAAAAGAAAAGAAAAGGGUGUAUGGUGCCCUAGACUAGAAGUUUCCCUGAGGUAGCUGAGCGUCGUCUUCUGAAGCUUCUGGUAAUGUACAUGGAAACACAGAGAGGGGACGUCUACCUCCCCCAGCACAGCAGGUGUAGGUGCAACAGUGUGAAGAACGCGGAUGGAAGCCGAUGGUGGGUACAAGGAACACUUAUGAAUGAAAACUAGGCUGUCGGUUGAUUCAGCAGAAAUAGGGGCCCGGCAAAUAUGAGCUUGUUGCUUACCGGCAGGCUAUCACAAUGGACGAAUAUGAGCUUGCCGAGAGGCAGGCUGUCGCAUGCAGGGCUAACGGACAGGAGCUCGCCUCGCGGAGGCGGGAGGAGAGAGGCGAGCUUGAGGGAAGGCAGGCUAUCACAAUACUAAUCUUUCACAUGCAGGGCUAACGGACAGGAGCACGCCUGGCGGAGGCAGGCGAAGAGAGGCGGAAGAAGCUAGAAGAUUUAGGUGUUAUGACAGUUAUGCAGCAUGUGGGGGAAGGAGGGCUGAAGGUAUAUGAUAUGGUUUACGCAUUUUAGGCAGGAGGAGGGCUGGGUUGAAGAAGGUGACCUCCUGGGGUUGGUGGAGUUCGGGAAAUGGCAUGGAUUUGUGCCGUGGGUGCUAUGAGCUGGCUUAGGGCAGGUCUCGGCUGGGAGGGAGGGGGGUUGGAAAAAUGUUUAUCCUACAAAAGGAACAGUGUCGGAGACCCUCGUUUGUUGUCCUCUUCUCCCUCUCUGCCUACGCUUCACCGGGCCGUUCUCUAUGUCGGUAUAGAAGGAACCAUCACAGAAUGGUGUCAGUGUGCUCUUCGUGUUUGUCUUCUGUAUUUUUCUUUUGUCGUUUGUUUCAUAAAGUGUGCUCUUUUAGU